AUGACACAAGAGACAUUCAACUACAUUCUCAAGAAAGUUGAACAUCGUCUUGUGAAGACAUGGUGUAAUUGGCAUGAGCAACCCAUUCAACCUGAAGAAAGACUUGUCAUUACUAUCAGAGACACUGGUAAAGAAAAAAUGGAAAUAUUUUAGAGACCAAUUUGCUGUUGAGCUCGGGAAAAUUCCAUCAGCUCGAUCAGGUGAUGCCGCAGGUAACACUCCCACAUCAAAGUGGCAGUAUUUCAAAUUACUGCAUUUCCUGAAAGACGUCGUGAAAGCAAGAGCUUCAACUGGAAAUUUAUCAGGUGUGCUAACCAAUGAUACUGUUGAAACCUCAUUACCAGAAUCACCUCAAAUAGAAUACCAAAUGGGUACCAUGGAGCCCCCCUUGGCUACAGAGGAAGGCGUAUCCCACACUAAAGACGCUCUUGAACGCGAAGAUGAAGUUAUGGAAAAGCAAUGGCUCAUUUCACCCGCCACCCGUCCGAAAAAAAAGGGAGCUAACAAACGCUCUAAAACAGAUGACUUCAACCAGAGCAUCCUGGAUAUUGAACAACAAAAAAUUCAGUACUUGAAAGAAAAAAUAAAUCGCAAGCAAGACAAAGAAGAUGACGAGGAUCUGAUGUUCUUCAAAAGUUUGUUACCUCAUGUCAAAAGAAUUCCUGCUGUGCAGAAGCUGACAUUUAGAAGCCGCCUACAAGAACUUGUACAACAAUUUUCAUAUCCAGUGCCUGCCAUAUCUCCCCUUCCAUAUACCCAUGAUUCCUCUUCCUCAGCUUCUGCUUAUACCCCACAGGUGUCUCCUCACUCAUAUGCCCACUCUCCUAUAGAGUCUCAAGUUCAUACCACAGAUAUGACUUUACAACCUAUGUAGUACACUAACAUUCUUAGUAUCACAUAUAUGUCUGUACUAGGAGAAAUGCUUAUUUUAUGUAAUUGUUUUGUUAUUAGGAUUUAUGAUAUAUGUAUCUUUACUUUGUUCAGUGUUGUGUUUAUCAGUACCAUACGAUAUAAACUGUAAAAUUCAAAUAAAAGUUAUUUGUUCCCUAUACCAUCUAUGAUUAUCAUCUUAUUAAUAAAGUAAUAUGAAAUUGAUUUUAGCAUCAGAAUUUCGCUCACCUGA